AAAACCCAUUAUGAGGGGAGGGGGAUUAAAGUAUGAAAGAGCAAGAGUGCAACGAACUCAAACGAUAUGCUCCCUCGGGGUCGAGGCUGAGUAUAUCCAUACUAUUUAGGCCCGAAAAGAAGCCCGAAAACAUACUAUUGCUCGACGAAAUGCCUGAACGAUGCUCUCUCUCAUCGCCGCAAACACCUGCAUCCCCAAAUCUCAUCACCACUCUUUCUCGCGCUUGAGCGGUCCUCUUCUCGUCCCCUCUCCGAUUUUCGUGCGUAAUCCCUGGAGAAAGGGUAAAAUUUACGGGAAAUCCGUCGUUUUCUCGUAUCCGAGUUUCCGUUUCACUAAAUCGAGGAAAAAUCGCGAUAGCAGUUGGCGUUGCUGGUGCAAGCGCGGCGGAGCGGAAGGGGGUGACGUGGAGUUGGAGGAGGAGAUUAUGAAAUUCAUGGCGAAAUCGGAGAAACCGACGAUGUUCCCGACGAAAAAGGAGCUGAUUGGUGGCGGGCGAUUGGAUUUGGUGAAGGCUAUUGAGAAGAGAGGUGGGUGGUACUCGCUAGGUUGGGGCGGUGAAGAUGCGAAAGGUCACGUUGAGGAACCAGUCGAUAUUGAUAUUGCUAUUACGGAGUUCCAGAGGCGAGUUGGAAAGUUUAAAGAAAGUGCAUCUUGGGGAGAGCAUUCUGGAAAUUAUUUUUCAGGGGAUGACUGUGAACUUUAUUCGAAUUCUGGUGAUUUGGAUUUUCUGCAGUUGAAUGCUUCAACAUCGCUGGAAAAAUCGAUAGAAAUGGAUGCUGAAGAAGAUUUGGGCAUUGAAGGUAUACUGAGCAGAUUGGAAAGGCAGAGGAAGAACGAUCUUGGGUUUAACUUAUGGAAAAAUGGAUACGAUGCACAUGCUGGAAGUAAAGAUGGAAACACUGCUAGGAUUGGCCUUGACGGAAACGGCAGACUCACAUCUAAUGAAAACCAAAAUGACAUAUCGGAUACAUAUGGCACCAAUUCUACCCGAAAUAAUGAACCAGAAACUUGGAGAACUUGGAGCAACCGUCGAGCUGGAUUUCAACAUACAAAUUUUGAAGCUGCCGAGAUUUCUUUAGGCAAGGAUAGCACAGAACCUGAUGAGGAAAGUUAUCACGAUGGUACUUUCGUAAAAACAGAAGAAUAUGCAGAGGAUGGGUGCAGCUACAAACAGCUUGACCACGAACAGAUACGAACUCAUCUUCAGCAGCUAGAGAGUGAGCUCAACACAGCUCUUUAUUCCUUGAGAUCUAAAAGGAAGGAAAACAUUUCAGAGGAGGUAAGCGGAAGGCCUAGCGAUUUGCAGGAUCUUUAUGAUACAUGGGAAUUUCAGGAGAAUGAUGUCAUGAGUGCCAAGGAGAGACUGAGAUCAAUAAGAGUCAAGCUGGCCGUAUUAGAGGGGAAAAUGGCAUUAGCAAUAAAUGAUGCACAGAAGGCAGUAGAAAUGAAGCAAAAGCGGAUAGAUGGAGCCCGUAAAGCGUUGCGACUUCUCAGGAACACGUGCAUUGUGUGGCAUAGUUCGGCUUCUGAGGUUUUCUUAGCAGGAUCUUUUGAUGGAUGGACGUCUCAGAGAAAGUUGGAGAAAUCAAGGACUGGCAUCUUCUCAAUUUGCUUAAUGCUGUAUCCUGGUAGACAUGAGAUCAAGUUUAUUGUUGAUGGCAAAUGGAAGGUCGAUCCCCUAAGGCCCAUCGUGAAAAAUAACGGAUAUGAGAACAACCUUCUAAUUGUUACUUGAUUACAUAAAAAAGAAUUGCUUGUCGAGUUUUUUUUCUGUUGUGCAUGUAGGACCGGGCUGUAGGUUGAUUAACUUUGAUUCUUUUAUGUUGAUUACAGUGUAGAUCUUGUUAGAAUCCUUCUGUGAGUGUUAUCUGAUUCAUAUUUUUGGCUAUGUAAUUGUCAACUGUCAACACCAACUGUAGACCAGCAAGUUGUAUAUUUGUGUAGGGUCCUUGAACUUUAUUGCCCAAUAUGGUAUUUUUCCUGUUAUUGCGCAUUAUGGAGAUGACAACUUAUUCUUUGCUCAUUAUCUUCCUUAAUGCAAAGCUGCUCGGGAUAAAAUCUACCCGAAAGUCGAGGAACAGCCUCAUGAAACAUAUGACGAAUAUUUACAGUUACUAUCCGCAAUAUUCAAUCUGUUCAUGUAAUGUGCAUUUACCUAGAUAACGAAGCCUCAGUAUUUGUAAUGACCCGAAUUUUGUACAUGGAAUGCAAAAAAUUGUUUCUGUU